AGUUAUUGUAUUGAGCGGAAGACGAAUCAGGCUCUUCAACAAAUGUGGAAAUGUCGCGAAAAAUAGAACUUGACUUUCAAGUCUGGAUGCGGUUGCGCACGUUUUUCUACAAGCUGCUGGACUUGCAGAUAUCAUGGGUACAUCGCUUCAUGAAGUCAGAGGGGAUGAUUGAAGAGAGCUCUACGCAUGUACCGGGCGAAGAGAUUGAAAGACUCAAGUUUUCUGUAAAACAGUGGCUGUACGAACAAAAGACACAUCUGUCAAACGAAUACAGAAAUCAAAGUCAUCAGGAGUCUCUGACGUUGUUCAAGUUCGACAGUGCAGAUGUGGUGAGACAGUGGGUAUCCAUGGGAGAUGGUGACAUGGGAGGAAAGAGCAACAGCAAAUUAGCCCUUGGUGCGAAUAAGAAAUUACUGUGGACUGGCAAUGUUAGCACAGCAGUUCCUCGAGAUGGUAUCACGUUCCAGUCGGGAUAUGUUGGAAUUAGAUCACGACUAUUCAUGGCCUCGUUCUAUAGAGACGGAGUGUUAGACCUGAAGCCAUGGAAUGUGAUUGAGAUCAGACUGAGGGGAGAUGGGAGGAGGUAUCACUUCAAUCUGCAAAUUGACGAACAGUUUGACGCCACUUAUGAGGAUCUCUACUUCCACCCUAUCUUCACAAGGGGCGGACCCUAUUGGGAAGUCGUUCAGAUUCCGUUUUCGCACCUGGUGCUGUCGAACAAGGGCAUGAUAUGUCGCCAAACCACAGCCGUAGACAGAUCCAUGGUGCGCAACAUAGGCUUCAGUCUAGUCGAACACUUCGAGGGGCCAUUCAGACUGGAGGUGGACUACAUCAAGUUUAUCACUGACGACGCACACAGACAGGCGUGUGCUUAUGAGUUCGCAGGGUCCACCCACGGAAUGGAUUGGGGCAGCAAGUAUGGCAAAGUGUAAUUAAUGAAGCUUCACAAAACUGCCCUAAAAGGCUUGAUUGGUCCCGCAACUGACUGAGAUGUUGACCUUGAACAAAACUAUUUAUAUUUUAUGUGCGGAAAACUCAAAAAUAUAUUUUGACAGCAGUUUAUUUUGAUUGAUAUAAAUAGUACAGUUUGAACUUUUCA